CUUUCGGCGUGCGGGAGGCCGGCGGCGGAGCGGCGCCAGGGCCCGGCGGAAGGCGGCGGAGGCUGCGCUCGGUGUGGGGGGCGGAAGGCGGGAGGGAGCCGCGGCGCCGCCUCCCGGUGAGGGGCGGGCGAGCGAGCGAGCGGCAGCCGGCGGAGCGCGGAACAGCCGGCGGCGGCGGGAGGAGAGCGCAGCGGCCGGGAAGAGCCGGCGGAGGCGGCGGCGGAGCCAGGGGAGAGCGGCCGCGGGCCGGGCCGAGCCGCGAUGGAGCGGAAGAGUGCUUUUCCUAUGGGCCAAGCCUCCCCAGGAAGAGACAGGACUCUGAGUCAUUUCAGCCCCAGCGGGAAGAAGUUCCGCAGCAAGCCGCAGCUGGCGCGGUACCUGGGCGGCUCCAUGGAGCUGGGCAGCUUCGACUUCCGCACCGGCAAGAUGCUGAUGACCAAGGUGAACAAGAACCGGCAGCGCAUGCGCUACGACUGCGCCAACCAGGCCAAGGGCAAGCCUGACCUGAACACGGCGCUGCCCGUCCGGCAGACGGCCUCCAUCUUCAAGCAGCCUGUCACCAAGAUCACCAACCACCCCAGCAACAAGGUCAAGAGUGAUCCUCAGAAAGCUGUGGACCAGCCACGUCAGCUCUUCUGGGAGAAGAAAUUAAGUGGCCUGAAUGCCUUUGACAUUGCAGAGGAGCUGGUGAAAACAAUGGACCUGCCCAAGGGUCUGCAAGGGGUGGGCCCUGGCUGCACAGAUGAAACCCUGCUGUCAGCCAUAGCCAGUGCCCUGCACACCAGCACCAUGCCCAUCACUGGGCAGCUGUCUGCAGCUGUGGAGAAGAACCCUGGGGUCUGGCUGAACACCUCCCAGCCACUCUGCAAAGCAUUCAUGGUGACAGAUGAAGACAUUAGGAAGCAGGAGGAGCUGGUGCAGCAGGUGAGGAAGAGGCUGGAGGAAGCCCUGAUGGCUGACAUGCUUGCCCACGUGGAGGAGAUAGCAAGAGAUGGGGAAGCUCCUUCAGAGAAAGAAGGUGGUGAGGAAGAAGAGGAAGAGGAGGAGGAGGACCAGGACCAUGACCAGGAGAUGGAGAAUGUAUAGUCCAGGGAGUUCCCCCAAGGAAUUCCCAGUAGCAGCCCUCUCAGCAGGGUCAGCCACCAAAUCCACCAAGCCAAGAGUGUCUGCAGAGUGCAAUGCACACCACCAGCCCACCCACACCUGUCAGCACCUGGAGGAACACUUCAGGAAGCCUGGAGGAGCUGCUGCUUCUUCUGUCUAGUGCUGGGGAGUUUGGAAGAUGGAACUCGACUCAGCUUCCCCUCCCCCUCCUUUUUUGGGGGUUGUUUUUUGUUUGUGGUUUUCCUUUUUUUCUUACAGGGGUAGGGGGC